UGAUGGCGUCACUCAGCAGUUGUGCGGCAUCCUCCGCUGCCACGGUAACAUAAGGCAUGUUGCUAUGUCAAAAUGUGACUUAUGCACACCAUCUGAAAGGAUUUGUGUCAAACAACAAGCUAUGGAGGAACCCUCAAAAUUUGAGCGAUAUGUUUAUAAAAAUGCUUCAGUUUAUCAUUAUAUGAAAAUAUCUCUUGUUUUGGCGAAUGGAAACAGAAAUAUUCCUUCUGCAGAUUUCAAACAAUUGGUCAUCCGUGGACUUAAAGAACUUUACGGAGAGAUUGGAGCUUCUAUUCCAUUUGAUCUGCUGAAGUUUGAUGAGAACGAAUUGACCGGCGUCCUACGAGUGUACAACAGUGGCCUGGUGAAAUUGUGGAGUGCAUUAACAUUACUGGGAUCAUAUCAAAAUGAGGCAUGUGCAUUCAGAGUCACACAGGUGUCGCCGUUUUUGUUAGCACUGUCCGGGAAUAGCCGUGAGCUGCGGUUUGAAAACCAGUUGACAUCGUGAGGUGGGCCUACAAAACAAAUACCUUGGAAAAAAUGACGUUCUUUCUUAGAAGAAGUAUUUUCAACAGAAAUAUGUAUCAUGCUGUCAACUCAGCACUGACAGUUCCUGCAUCCCUCACAGUGGGGCACAGGUCGCUUUACAUCGGUGAACGGGCCUCGCUAAGCAAAACAUUCAGCGGCAGAGACGUUGCGCUUUUUGCUGAGCUGACAGGGGACAUGAAUCCUCUCCACCUCGACCCAGAGUACGCCAAAACGACCUCUUUUGAGAGGCCCAUUGUGCACGGAGUGCUGAUUAACGGUCUCAUCUCAGCAGUUAUUGGGACAAAGUUGCCCGGUAAAGGCUGCGUGUUUCUCUACCAGGAAAUACGCUUUCCGGCACCCCUCUACAUUGGAGAGGAAGUUGAGGCGGAAGCGGAGGUUAAAAAGAUCAAAAUGUCCUUCGCUUUUAUUUCUGUUUCCUGCGCUGUCAAAGACAAAGUGGUCAUGGAGGGAGAGGUCAUAGUGAUGAUGCCACAGAAUGGAGAGCAAUCGUGAGGAAUGCUGCCGUUUCAGUUCCAAAUGCUUCCAGGAAUUAAAUGUUUUUGCUUAUUUUUGUUCUUUUGAAAUGUGACGCUCACACAAAGAUUUAAUAUUCACUGCUUUUGUUCCCUGAGGUGCAGUUUAAAUAAACUGUGUGAGAAAAUAA